GGUAUUUUUUUUCCGGUUGUUGGCCCCAGGCGGCCCCUCCCCGACUGGGCCUUGCGCCCCCCGCCCCCCGCGGCCCCCCGCGGCCGGGCCCGCCGCCACCAUGAAGAAAUUCUUCCAGGAGAUCAAAGCUGACAUCAAGUUCAAGGGCGCGGGACCCGGUCAGAAGCUCACAGAAUCCGCGGGGGAGAAGGCCCCCAGAGAGAAGCCCAACCAGCCGGCCCUCAGGCAGCCACGCCAGGGACCCACCGAUGAGGCGCAGAUGGCAGCCGCCGCUGCCCUGGCGCGGCUGGAGCAGAAGCAGCCCAGGGCGCGGGGCCCCACGUCGCAGGACUCCAUCAGGAACCAGGUGAGAAAGGAGCUUCGAGCCGAAGCCACCGUCAGCGGGAGCCUGGAGGUUCCAGGGAACAAUGUGGUACCUGAGCCCAAAGAGGAGGGCUCGACCCACCUGGCGGUGCCUGGUGUGUACUUCACCUGCCCGCUCACCGGGGCCACCCUGAGGAAGGACCAGCGGGACGCCCGCAUCAAAGAGGCCAUUCUCUCGCACUUUGCCACCGACCCAGUGGCCGCAUCCAUCAUGAAGAUCCACACGUUCAACAAGGACCGCGACAGGGUGAAGCUGGGCGUGGACACCAUUGCCAAGUACUUGGACAACAUCCACCUGCAUCCAGAGGAGGAGAAGUACCGGAAGAUCAAGCUGCAGAACAAGGUGUUCCAGGAGCGCAUUAACUGCCUGGAAGGGGCCCACGAGUUUUUUGAGGCCAUCGGGUUCCAGAAGGUGAUGCUUCCGGCUGCCGACAAGGAGGGCCCCGAGGAGUUCUACGUGCUGAGUGAGGAGGUGCUGGCCCAGCCCCAGAGCCUGGAGAGGCACAGGGAGCAGCUGCUCGCCGCCGAGCCCGUGCGCGCCACGCUGCUCCGGCAGCGCCGCAUCUUCCGGCCGUCGCCCCUGGCCUCGCAGUUCGACUUGCCCGGGGACUUCUUCAACCUUACGGCAGAGGAGAUCAGGCGGGAGCAGAGGCUCAGGUCGGACGCGGUGGACCGGCUGAGCGUGCUGCGGACCAAGGCCAUGCGGGAGAAGGAGGAGCAGCGGGAGCUGCGCAAGUACACCUACACGCUGCUGCGCGUGCGCCUGCCCGACGGCUGCCUGCUGCAGGGAACCUUCUACGCCCGGGAGCGGAUGGCCGCGGUCUAUGGGUUCGUCCGCGAGGCCUUGGAGAGCGACUGGCUGCCUUUCGAGCUGCUGGCCCUGGGAGGGCAGAAGCUGUCGGAGGACGAGAACCUGGCCUUGAACGAGUGUGGGCUGGUGCCCUCUGCCCUCCUCACCUUCUCGUGGGACGCGGCUGUGCUAGAGGACGUGAAGGCUGCGGGCGCCAAGCCCGACUCGUCCAUCCUGAAGCCCGAGCUGCUGCUGGCCAUCGAGAUGCUCUCGUGAAAUAAAAGCAGGGUUGGCCUCGGCCCCGUGUUCUGUCUCUCGCCCGCCUGUCCCUGUCCCCACGGAGCCUCCAGCCAUCUCUGGAAACGAGUGCCCUGCGCCAGGGCACAGGAGGGGAGCAGGCUGCCCGGGGAGCCGCAUGCAGAGGGAGGAUGUUGAGAUGCCCGAGCGCCCUGGAGAGGGCCUAGGGCGGCCGACAGCCCCGCCCUCCCCUGCCGGGCGCAGCAGUGUCACGGAGCCCCCAGGUGUCCCCGGCAGGAGAGCAGGUCUGCAGCACAGCCUGGUUCCCAUGCAGAGGGUGCUGUGGCUGCCAUGGGGGAUGCUGGUAACACUUGUAACUAAAUUAUGAAACCAAAUAAACAGGAUGUUUGGAUAUA